CCUUCACCAUUGCUUCUAGAUUUUAAUGAUACUAGCCAAUGAAUUCAAGACAAAGAUGGGCACAAAGUCUAUAGAAAUGGGAGAAAUAAUCAUGUUUAAUUAGUGAGGACUAGUCAAAUAAUCUCAAAUCGUUACAAGUAAAUCUCUCUAUAAAAAUGGCCAAAUAGACAAACAUAGAAGUAAAAAAAAUUCCACCUUUCAAACAAAAAUGUCAAGAAUAGGCAUUAGUGUUCUAGCCAUUUUAGCCAUUGCUUCACUUCUACACACUACCACAGCAAAAACAAUUGUCGUUGGGGAUGGGUUAGGAUGGGUAGUGCCUCCUGGUGGUAAUCUUGCUUAUGCUGCUUGGGCUGCCAUUAGCACCUUCACUGUUGGUGAUGUUCUCUUGUUCAAUUUCACAACAGGAUCACAAGAUGUAGCCAGAGUGACAAAGGAAGCAUAUCUAACCUGCAACUCAACAAACCCUAUCUCUCUCAAAACAACUGGUCCAGCAAAUUUUACAUUAGACACUACUGGUGAAUACUUUUUUAUAAGUACAAUAGAAAAACACUGCCCACUAGGCCAAAGGCUAGCCAUUUCCGUAACCCCCCCUGGAUCAAAUCUUGCACCUCAUUAUCCUCAUCAUCCACCCACAGCACCUUCACCACUUUCACCUAGAGCCCCAGUUACCUAUACUGUCGGAGAUGGCUUGGGGUGGCUUGUUCCUCCUGGUGGUCCACUGGCUUACUUGGCUUGGGCCUAUAACAAGACUUUCCUGGUUGAAGACACUCUAGUUUUCAACUUCGUGAAUGGACUUGAAGAUGUAGCCUUAGUAAGCAAAGAAGCCUAUGAGACUUGCAACACAAAUGGCACCAUCCAAGUUUGGUCUGCAAGCCCUGCAAGGAUCUUGCUCAAUACAAGUGGUGAUUAUUUCUUUACUUCCACUUAUCCAAACCGCUGUGCCUUGGGUCAAAAACUAGCCAUUAAGGUACUUACCAGCCGCGGCAUUUUGCCUCCUAGCAUAGCCCAUCCGCCAUCAAGUAGCAGCACAAGUAAUCCUGUCACUGUGUCUCCCUCUCCUGGCCCAGUUAGCUCAGCCCCUUCUAAAGCUACUGCUGGAUUUUUCAUUUCCCUUUUGUCUAUUGCCAUGGUUUUGUUUUAGAACAUGUACUAUACGUACACUAUAGCUUAUUUAUAUUCCAUUGGUA